GAGCAGGGAUAUUUGGCCCCUUGUGUAAAGCGUUGAUUCGACAGUGAUGGCUAUUUUGAACCGAGUGGGAUACCUGAAAAGAGAGAGAGGUGCGAUUGUUCACUUGUUGUUUCCCUCUGCACUCCAUUCCGCUCCAUUCCACUUCACUCUCACUCCAUUAUUCUUUCCACUCUCACGCUCAGGUUUGACAUUCCACAGAAACACGGCGUUCAGAAUCAACAAAUUCCAGCCUCGGUUCUGUUGAUCCAGAUUCUACAAGUCCAGAACCGACAAGCGAGAUCGAUGCAGCACGGUAUUAUGUUAAUCCCGACACUUUCUGUAGGCAUUGACGUUAUGGGCGUGGGCGUUGUCCUCGUCUCUAUCAUGGGCCUUCUUGGCGUAGCCAAGGGUUGUAGGCACCUCAUGAAUUUGUACUUUGCGCUGGUGCUGUGCUUUAUUGCAGUGCAGGUUGGAAACGCGAUCAUUGGAUUCAUGUCUGGAUCUAGCUGGAUUCAGGAAGCACUGCAAAAAUCUUGGGAUAAAGCAUACCAUACAGAUAGGAGCCUUAUUCGUGAUCUCCAGACCGAGUUUCACUGCCAAGGAUUUCUCACUCGUGAGGAUCGGGCGGCGACAAUGUCCCUGGACCCCGAGAUUUAUCUUCCGCCUUGCGCUCAGUUUCUGUACAUGCGUUUUGGGAAGCGACUUCAACGCCUGGGCUCCAUCAUUUUCUGCAUACGCUUAAUUCAGUUGACAGGCGUGUUUUUGCUAUCGAUUCUGUUCAAGCACCUUGCCACGAUGGAUCCAACGGACGAGGACGAACAGGAGCGGACGGAUGGGGAGUCACCGUUCUUCAAAAGUGAAAAACAGAUUGAGGACGAGAUUGCACGAGCGCCGUUGCUUGCUGGCGAGGACGAUGACUUGCCGCAUUACUCCGUCGGGGAUUAUUAUGGCAGCGAAGAAUAUGAUGUGGAGAGUGACGAGGACGAAGAUGGAAGCGGCGGCUCUUGCGACGAAGACGAUGAGCAUCAGCAGUACCGGGGUCGGUUUUUCUACGGCUGCUUUGGCGCCCGCGACUACGAAUACCGGGACCUGCCUGACUAUGCGGAGGACAAGCGCGAGACUCAGCCCUUAUAAUUUACGCUUUUCAGCAAUAAAUUUCAGCUACCCCAG